AUGCCCACCAUUGCUCAUAUUAAACCUCACCUAACCUUCCGACUUCUGCUAACUUCCAUAAUCUCAACUUUUGCCGGUGGAAUUCAUUUUGGCUAUCAAUUAUCGGUUCUCAAUCCGAUUUCCGAGAUUUUAAAAGAUUUUUUGGAGGAGAAUUUGAGAAGGUGAGUGGGCCUGAAAAGCCUGAAUGGCCUGAAAUUGCACAUUUUUUGAGUCUAGAUAAGCCCAGAUCUGAAAAUUGCGAAUUUUUCGAGUCUAGAUAAGCCUGGGCUUGAAACAAGGCCUUCUAGGCUAAUUUGGUAUCAAAAAACGUGAAAUUUCGAGCUUAGCAUGAGCAAUGCUUGCCACGUGUCAAAAUUUUUUGUCUUCAGAAAAUACAAUGUGAUUUUGUCGCUGGAGCAGCUCGACACAAUUUGGUCGUUUUUGGUGGGCUCAAUUUUCCUGGGAGCUCUCGCCGGCUCCUCAUUUGCCACGUGGUUUUUGACGCGGAUUGGCGCGCGGAAAACAUUGCUGGUGGCGGCUGUGGUGAGUUUUUUGCGGUUUUUUUUAGGUAUUGCUCAUGUUAGGCUUCAAAUUUCACGUUUUUUGAUACCAAAUUAGGCUACAAGGCCUUUUUCAAGCCCAGGCCUAUUUAGGCUCAAAAAUCCGCAAAUUUUCAAGCAUUGCUCAUAUUAGGCCUGAAAAUUUCACGUUUUUUGAUACCAAAUUAGCCUAGAGGGCCUUUAGGCUUAUCUAGACUCAAAAAUCUGCAAAUUUCUAGGCAUUGCUCAUGUUAAGCUUCAAUUUUCCCGUUUUUUGAUACCAAAUUAGCCUAGAGGGCCUAUUUUCAAGCCCAGGCUUAUCUAGGCUCAAAAAAAACGCAAAUUUUCUAGGCAUUGCUCAUAUCAACACCCCUUUUCGGCCUGGCUUAUCCAUUCGCGGCCCCCGAACUUCUUCUAAUCUCCAGGCUUCUCUCAGGCUUUGCAAUCGGGCUUGGUUGCACGGCCCAAUCGAUUUUCCUGGUCCAAAACUCGCCCGUGGAAUUUCGCGGCGUCACAAAUUCGAUAAGCGGCGUCGCCUCAAACUCGGCCUUCUUCCUGGGCUCAUUUCUAGGCCUUCCGGGCUUUCUGGGCCGGCCCGAUUUGUGGCCUUUUAUUUUCUACGUGGAAAUUGGGCCGUGUUUGGUGCAUUUGUUGGUGAAUUUGGUGUAUUUUGAAGAGAAACCGGAGAAAUGCCACGUGGCAAAGAAUUCAGAAGCGGAGCUGGGGCUGCUCGCAAUUCUGAAAUGCCGUGUUGGAUUUCGAGCCCUGAGCUUGGCUGGAGCUCUCAAUUUCGCAGUGGCUUUUAGGUAACAAACAUUUUCAAUCAUUGCUCAUGUUAAGCUUCAAAUUUCACGUUUUUUGGUACCAAAUUAGCCUAGGGGGCCUUUUUUUCAAGCCCAGGCUUAUCUAGGCUAAAAAAAUCCGAAAAUUUUCAAGCAUUGCUCAUAUUAGGCUUCGAAUUUCACGCCUUUUGAUACAAAAUUAGCCUAGAGGGCCUUUUUUCAAGCCCAGGCUUAUCUAGGCUCAAAAAAUUGCAAAUUUUCGCGCUAAAACCCUGCCACGUGGCAAAUUGUUUCAGCGGCAUCACAGCGCUCUCAUUUUUCGGUGCAACUUUGUUGCGCCAAGUCGGAUUUGAUGACGUGGAUUCGAAACUCAUCAAUUGUCUCUCCGUUAUUCCAACAAUCAUUUCAUCACUUAUCGCAACUCUGAUUAUCGAUCGAGUGAGUUUUGGGGGGCCUGGAAAAAGGCCAGGCCUGAAAUUCCAGGAUUUUUCAAGUCUAGAUAAGGGCCAGGCCUGAAAAUUUGGGAUUUUUUGAGUCUAAACAUGUCUAGACCCAAAAAACGUGGAAUUUUCGAGCCUAGGCUUAUCUGGGCUCAAAAAAUCCCAAAUUUUCAGGCCUGGCCUUUCUCGGGCCCCCCAAAAAAUCCCAAACCCAAUUUCAGAUCUCUCGUCGCACUUUGCUCAUCUCUUCCCUUCUAAUUCUGGCCAUUCUGAACACAUUGCUCAUGUUAAUCAUCAUUUUUUCCGAUGUUUUUUAUACGGCUCUCGCCUGGAUAUUUGUGGCCAUUUUUAUUCUCUUUAUUUUCAUAUUCAGGUAGGGUUACUGUAGCUAGAACUGCAAGAACUACUGUAGUUGAAAAACUCCGACUGCAAGGAUUACUGUAGCUGGAACUGCAAGGAUUACUGUAGUUGAAAAUCUCAUUCUGCAAGGACUACUGUAGCUAAAACUGCAAGAAUUACUGUAGCUAGAACUGCAAGAAUUACUGUAGCUAGAACUGAAAGGAUUACUGUACCUAAGACUGCAUGGAUUACUGUAGUUGAAAACCUCAGACUGCAAUGAUUACUGUAGCUAGAACUGCAAGGAUUACUGUAGUUGAAAACCUCGGGUAGAUUUAGUUCUAGGGUUACUGUAAUUCUCGAACUGCAAGGAUUACUGUACCAAAAUGCUUAUGGCUAAGCCUAAAAAAGUAAGCCUAAAAAAAAGCCUAAGCCUAAUCCUUCCAGCAUCGCAAUUGCGCCAAUCUCAUUCUUCCUUGGCGCAGAACUUGCACCCACCCAAAUGACGUCACAAAUUCAAUCGAUAUCCAUCGGAAUACAGUACCUGGGCUCAUUUCUGAGCCCAAUUUUCUAUAUGAAAUUGCAUUUUUUGAUGGGACCAAGUGCUUUUUUGAUUUUCAUUGUUCCACUUUUGGUGACCGCCGUGUAUUUUUACUUGUAAGUUUUUUUUCGGCCCAAAAAAUCCACGUUUUUUGAGCCUAGUCAUGUUUAGGCUCAAAAAACCCCAAAUUUCAGGCCUGGCCCAUUUAGGCCCCCAAAAUUCGAAAUUUUCCAGCUAUCUUCCGGAAUCUCGCGGAAAAACGUCACAACAAAUCAGUGA